GAGACGCGCGAGGGCCGGGGCCGGCGUGAGGUCCGCGGGGCUGUGGCGGCCGCGCUUCCCGCCGGAGGCCGCGGGCCGCCCCCACCGCCACCAUGCCCAUGAAGGGCCGCUUCCCCAUCCGCCGCACCCUGCAGUACUUGGGCCAGGGAAGCGUGGUGUUCAAGGAGGCAGUGAAGGUCAUGACGGUGAACUACAACACGCAGGGGGAGCGCAGCGAGGGCGCCAGGAAAUUUGUGUUUUUCAACAUCCCUCAGAUCCAGUAUAAGAACCCCUGGGUGCAGAUCAUGAUGUUUAAGAACAUGACACCCACGCCCUUCCUGCGGUUCUAUCUAGAUUCCGGGGAGCAGGUCCUGGUGGACGUGGAGACCAAGAGUAACAAGGAGAUCAUGGAGCACAUCAGGAAGAUCCUGGGGAAGAGCGAGGAAACGCUCAGGCAAGAAGAGCUGGAGAAGCAGCAGCGAUCUCAUCCGGCCAACUUCGGCCCCCCGAAGUACUGCCUGCGGAAGUGCAUGUGCCAAGUGGAAGGGCAGGUGCCUUGCCCCAGCCUGGUACCCUUGCCCAAGGAGAUGACAGGGAAGUACAAAGCUUCAUUGAGAGCCAGUGCCCAGGAUUAAAACCCCAAACUGCAAAUGGGCUGGGACAGUGCAUCUGCCCAGUGCGGAGGUAGAGUUGGUUACUGUGGCCCUGAAGAUGCUGGCAGGCCCUUGCAGAGGCCCCUCCAGUAAAGGAUACGGGAGAGAGAGGUGUGGCCAUCAAUAAAAGGCUUCUCUUCCCA